UGUUUGGUUUGAGUGUGUAUAAGCUCGAGUCUACCAAAGAACACACACACAAACGCGCGCGCGCGCGCAUACACACACUGCAGCGGAGAUAGAAAGUGCAGGAGAGAGAGAAAGAGAAAGAGAGCGCGAGCUUUCACACGUUUUCAACCACUUCGUCACUCUGAUGCGAGCUGUAGCGUGGCUCUAGUGGUUCAGGGUUCGCGGUGUCGGUCACGGGUCAUGGGGGGAAACCUGGGGUGCCACCGCUCGCUGCCGGCGGACCCCGGGGACAUGCGUCAGCGCGGGCGCAAGUUCAGCGCGACCUGCAGCUUCGCGCACGUCUCCGCGCACAACCCCGAGCGCCUGAACGUGAACGCGGCCAGCGAGGAGGAGCUCAUGACCCUGCCUGGGGUCACCCGGGCUGUCGCGCGCGCUAUCGUGGAGCACCGCGCGCGCAUCGGCGGCUUCAGGAAAGUGGAGGACGUGGCCCUGGUGAGCGGCAUCGGCGCCGCCAAGCUGCAGCUCAUCAAGCCGGAAAUAUGCGUGUCGAGCCGUAGGCACAACAACAACAACGACCCGCGCAAGGAGCGCGAGCCGGAGCACCGCUCCUCCGUGACGCGCUCGUGGACGCCGUCCUCCCAUCCCAACUCGCCGAUCGCCUGCAGCGAGCUGCACCUGCCCCCCGGAGGACCCGCGCACAUGGCGUCCGAGCGGCCCGAGGUGCAGCCUCCGCCGUGCGCGCGCCACGGAAAGCCGGUGGUGCGCGUGGCCACGUGGGACCUGCAGCGCUGCUCCAGCGACAAAGCCAACAACCCCGGGGUCAAAGAGGUCGUGUGCCGGACCCUGCUGGAGCGCGACAUCAAGUUGCUAGCGGUUCAGGACCUGGCCGAUCAGCAAGCGCUGGAUAAGUUUUGCUCUGAGCUCAAUCAGCCCACUCUCUCCAGUGUGUGUAACUGGAACGGCCCUCGUGGUGUGUGGAAAUGUGCUGCUUCUGGAAAACCCACUGGAGAGUCCAGUAUAGGUUCAGAAUAUUCCGGUUUCCUCUGGGACUCCUCGGCCGGCAUCCAGCUGAAAGAGGCCGUGGUUUUGGAGAGCGCUGCUGCUAACGGCAACGGGAACGACGCCCAGCCCAAAGCCUACCUCGGACACUUUUAUAUCGGAUCGUCUGAGCUCACCGUAGUGAACGUGCACCUGAAACCUCCGUCGGCGCCGAAGCAGCAGAAUGGGCGGAGCCACAAAUCCGACGAGCCGAAGGCCCAGAAGCUGAGCCCUGGAGUGCAGGAGACUCUGAGAGGGGUGAAGAACGUGUUGGUUGUCGGAGGCUUUGGGCUUCCUCCAGACAGCGCUCAGUUUGAGCCUCUGAAGAAAGAGAAGCUGAGCGCGCUCGUGCCUUCCUCCAUCAACACCAACAUCAGCACAAAAACACCACAGGGAUCCAGCUGUCUGGACAACAUCUGGGCCAGUCGUAGCAUCAAGAAGCUCUACACAGGUUAUUGCUCCGUGGUGAGAGAAGGUCUAACCAACCCCUGGAUCCCUGAUAACUGGUCAUGGGGCGGCGUGGCGUCGGAGCACUGCCCCAUCGUGGCCGAGUUUUUCACGGGUUGUACAAACGAGAAGCCGAUGAAGGAGCCGAUGAAGGAGCCGCUGCUCAACGGAAGCAGCAGUGUGGCCGUGGUGGAGAGGGAUGACAUCACACCCAAACAUGAGCGGUGACCUUUGACCUUCGGGCUGUGGAGACUGUCGUGGUGGUGUGACAUCACUGCAGAGAGACUGAGAUGGACUGAGACUGAAUCUUUUCCAGCUGUUGUACAGUAGAAAUCAUUUUGAAUGUAGAGAAACAAUCAGAUAUUUAAGGAGAUGAGAGAGAGAGAGAUAUGUAUGUAUACAAUUUUUCAAUUUACACAUGUGCUAAAAAGUUUUUAAUGAAGUAAUAAAGCAAUACUGAGAAUUUAA